UCUUGUCUCGCACAUGAAGGCGUAAAGGUGUGUAUGUGUGUGGGAGAUUGUACCCCAGUUUCAUCAAAAGUCCUGGAAAUCAUAGCAUCCGUAAUGCUUCCUUUAUUCGUCUCUCUGGCUGUAGUUUGCCUUCUUUUGUAUCCAAUAUGGCGAAUCUUGCAGGUUGGGAAACGGCCGGCGGAUUUCCCACCCGGACCGCCUACAAUUCCCCUCCUGGGGAACAUUCACCUGAUACCUAGAGAAAAUGUGCAUCUCCAAUUCCAAAAAUGGGCACAGGAAUUCGGUCCCGUAUACAGUCUCAUGCUGGGGAGCAAAACUAUGGUUGUGCUCUCGAGUGAUCAGGCUGUGAAGGAUCUUCUUGACAAGAGGAGUGCAAUCUACAGCGAUAGAAUGGAUCUUUAUAUUGGGCAAACACUGGCUAGCGGUGGUCUCCGAAUUCUGAUGAUGAGAUAUGGCCCGACCUGGCGAAUGAUCCGCAAGCUCGUGCAUAAUCUGCUCAACAUUCACGCCUCCAAAUCUUUCGAGCCGUACCAAGUACUCGAGAACCAGCAAAUGAUGUUCGAUAUUCUUGAAGAGCCCACCAAGUUCGUCGAACACGUCCGACGAUACGCGAACUCACUCACGACCGCAACAACAUUCGGAGUCCGUACCCCAACAUACGAAGAUGCGCACUUCCAAGAGCUUUUCAAGGUCUUUGGUGAAUUUGUGCUCCUGGCACAGACAGGCCUGGCCGCCGUUCUCGACUACAUGCCCGCCCUCCGCAUCAUCCCAUCAUGGGCACUUCCCACAAAAGCGCAAGCUAUAAAGAACCACGUCCGCGAAAAGAGUCUGUACCGAUACCACUGGGAUGCGGCCAAAGCCGCCAUUCUAGCCGGACGCCGACCCAACCCGUGUUUUAGCCAGGGCCUCGUGCGCGAGCAAGUCGACAACGACAUCGACGAUGAUUUAGCGUCCUACAUCACGGGGACAUUGCUCGAAGCCGGCAGCGAUACCACAGCCAACACGCUAAUCGGCUUCCUGUGCGCGAUGCUAGUAUUCCCAGAAGUCGCGGCUAAAGCGCACGAAGAGCUCGAUCGCGUCGUAGGACACGACCGAAUGCCCGUCCCCCAAGACGAAAUGAAUCUACAGUAUAUUCGCGGCUGCGUCAAGGAGUCUCUUCGAUGGAUGCCGACGACCAUUCUCGGCGCCAUCCCGCACGCCCUCACUAGAGACGACUUCUACAUGGGGUUCCGUCUCCCCAAAGGCGCGGGCGUCAUGAACAACGUGUAUACAAUCCACCACGACCCGCGCCGCUACCCGAACCCAGACGUGUUUGAUCCAGAGCGGUUCAAGGACGAUUUUCUAUCUACGUUCGACGCUGCUGUGCAUCCUGAUCCUGCGAAACGCGAUCACUUCACAUUCGGCGCCGGAAGAAGAGUCUGUCCUGGCAUGCAUGUUGCUGAGCGGAGUUUAUUUCUGGGGAUUGCGCGUUUGCUGUGGGCGUUUGAUUUUAGAAGACCAGUUGAUGGCGAUGGGAAUGAGAUUUGUCCCGAUCCGACAAAAGUCACACAAGGGUUUGUUUGCGCGCCUUUGCCGUUCAAGGCUGUUAUCACGCCUAGAGAUGAGAAGAGGGCGGAGAUUAUACGUAGAGAUUGGGAGAUGGCUAAGAAAGAGAACUUGGAGGAAGGGACUAUGCAGUGGAAGACUUCUCUGGUAGAUCUGAAGAUUGGGGAGUAG